AUGGCUGCAGCAAUGGGUGGAGGCGGUGAUAGAGUUCAGGACGGGAAUUUAGAUAGAGAAAAAGAAAAUGUUCCGAAAAAUAUCAAGAAAGAAACUGUUGGCAAUUUGAAAGGAAAAUUAAUAAACGGCGUUGCAUCGAAGGAAUCUGUCGAUGAAGCAGUUGGCAGUGCUGAUGUGAAAGUGAAGACAAAAAAUAAAGAGCAUAGUCGACGGAACACAUCAGGAAGUAAAGCAGAAUCUUGUGGUAAGAACUUGAACAAAGAGAAUAAACCGCGUUCAAAAUCAACAAAUCUAGCGAAGGAAGAAGAUGAUCGAUAUCAAACGAUGCAGGCCAAACGACGUUAUAACUCUGUCGACAAAUCUCGGAAUACACAACAAUCAACAAAUUCGAUGACAUUGGAAGGAUUUGUUUAUGACGGUGAAGUCGAUCUGGAAGAACCGUUUAGCGAUUCCGACGAUAACGAUACUUUAAAGGGACCAAAAAAACUUACGCUGACCAUUCCACAGGGACGCAUACGUACUCUUUCGGGUACUGUUCCAGCAGUGGGGUACAGUCCAAAAUGGGGUGGUCCAACAAUGUGUCUGAGCUGUUUGCAAUUUUUCGAUCUUCCGGAACAUCUCGCACAAUUUUCGGAGCAUUUACUGGAUGAACAUCAUAUUGUUAUUGUCGAAAUCGACUUGAUUGUUGAUCCGAAAAGAUAUGUGGAAUACUGGAGACAGCGUUUUGCAAAGGAAAGUAUUGACACAAUUUUUCCAAAAAAAAUUCCUGCUGAAAAUGACCAAUUUUACGGAAAAACAAAUUAUUUCUAUGAAAUGGGCGAAAAUCUACAGGAGGAUUAUGCUUUACGCCAGAAACUUGCUAUGAGACGUCUGGAAGAAGCGUUAGCAUGUCAGCAACGCGAACGAGAAGAUACAAAUUUUAUACAGCAGUGCAUUUUUUGUCGAUAUACUGCACGUGGUAAUCGGUCGAAAAUAAUCCACCACCUCUAUAUGAUUCAUCAUUUGAAUCUUGGCUCACCCGACAACUUAGUCUUUGUCACCGAGUAUAUUGAAUGCCUGAAAUCGAAGCUUCUCAGCAAUGAAUGUAUUUAUUGUGAAAAAAGGUUUGGUGACCGUAACACUUUAAUGGAUCAUAUGCGCAAACGAAAUCAUAAGGAAGUGAAUCCAAAAAAUAAUUACUAUGACAAAUUCUAUAUUAUCAACUACUUGGAGUUGGGAAAGCGUUGGUUAGAUGUACUGAAAGAAGACUUCGAAGAUAGUAUGCCAACAUUUGUGGAUUCUGAUGAAGAAGAAGAAGAGGAAUCCUGGCAGGAAUGGCAGGAGGAUAAUAUCGAUGUGGAGCAGACUCGUGUGGUAUGUUUGUUUUGUGAAGAAACUGAGGAUCAUGCUGCUCCAUUACUUGAACAUAUAAAAAAUGUUCAUUACUUCGAUAUUCUCAGAAUCAUCGAAAAGGAGAAGCUGGAUGUUUAUGAACGGGUGCAAAUGAUUAAUUACAUACGUAAAGAAAACUACAAUGCAAGAUGCUUCGUGUGUGGUAGGAGUGAUCUGGGUUCGUUACAGAAGCUCAGGCAGCAUUAUGCUGAAAAUAAUCAUCUUUCAAAGGGAUUGCCGGAAAAAUCAGUUUGGUGCACGGAAGAGAAUCUGGUGCCCAUAUUCGGUAACGAUCAUCUUACUUGGAUGCUUGAAUCGUAUAUUGAUGAAAGAGAAGUUUCUGCGCAAGUUGAAGAGACGACAGCAAUGUUCGGAAACAUUAGAGAAUAUCUUUUGAAACAAAGCAAAGUGAACUCUGUGGAAGGUGUGAUUGCUGAGGAUCUUCCGGAACUGCACGAUGGUGCGCUUACAGAUUUGAACUUAUAUGAAUCGCUAAAAUAA